AUGGUGCUUCGUUUAACCUUCUCUAUGUUGUAUUUCCUUUUGUGGAAAGUUUUAGCAGUUACCAUGCCUCCAAUCAAGAAUAUAGAGAAUAAGAAAAAAGAGUACCAAAAAGCAAAGAAGGUUUUGAACUUGAUAUGUGCUCAUAUGGGCUCAUCAAAUGACGGUUACAGUGAACCACUUUUUGAAGCUAUACGCCAAGGUACCUACGAGGUUGUUGAUGAGAUCCUGUUUACAUCACCUGCUACAAUCAACUGUAAGGAUGAAGAAGGGUAUAACGUUAUUCAGUCAGCAAUAAUAAACCGUUCGGAGAAAGUAUACAACCUUAUCUAUCACAUAAUUGAGCACACAGAGUCUUAUAGAAAAAUCACAGAUUCUUCUGACAAUAAUCUUAUACACUUGGCUGGAAGAUUGGCCCCUUCAUUUGUACUCGCACGUAUCACAGGUGCAGCACUGCAACUACAACGAGAGCUUCUAUGGUUUGAGGAAGUGAAGAAGCUCUUGCUACCUAUAGAAGUUAGAGAGGUGAAUAUUUGUAAGAAAACACAGGGUGCAGUGUUCACCAAGGAACAUCAGGAUUUGAUGAAAACAACCACCGAAUCAUGCAGCAUCACUACUGCAUUAAUCAUCACAAUUGUAUUUGCAGCAGCAAUCACUGUACCCGGUGGAAGCAAUCAAGAAUCAGGCAGGCCUGUGUUCAAAAUGGAAAUUGCAUUUACUAUCUUUGCACUAUUUAAUGCACUCUCACUAUUUAAAGCGACUACAUCAUUACUACUGUUCUUAUCCAUCCUCACUACACGUUUUUCUGAAAAAGAUUUUCUCGUCAGUUUACCAAGAAGGUUGAUUUUUGGUCUUUCCAUGUUAUUCCUCUCUACAACUGGCAUGAUUGUAGCCUUUUGUGCAAUCUUGUUUCUAGUCUUUUGUGAUCAGAGACCAUGGAUGUUGGCACCAAUAGCUGGAUUUGCUUGCUUGCCGAUUUCAGUUAUUGUUGCUAUAAAACUCCCCUUACUUGCAGACUUGAUCCAGUCAACAUAUUUCCCCAUCUUUGGUAAGCGAAGUAGACUCGAGUCUUGUAAAGUAAACAGUGGCGGAGCCACACUUUGA